GUGACCUGUAGUUCGCCUCUCACCAAAUGCAUAGAUAAGGUGUCUGCCUAGAUAUAACCUAGAACAACUAUUAUUCCCUUCGUCUCCAUUCGUAGUGUUCUGCCACUGCCAGUUCCACUUUCCGCCAUGGGAGAACAACCAGAACAGGCAGUGCCUUCGCUACCCUUCGCAGAAGCGGAGACUGGAAAGGGCGACACUCCCAGGCGACCCGAAUUCAGGAACGGCCCGCCCGAUACUCGCCCAAGUCAGCAGCAUCAAGUAGAAAAACGGGAGAACACCACGACAAGCAGCGGUAGUAGGCAACGAUAUCGCCGAGUGUUUUACUAUUGCGCUGCGAUACUCCUUCACCUCAUCUUCAUUCGCCUGGUAUACGAGGCGUUUUCGCCUCGAUGGACGACCCCGUUGUUACGUGCGUCGGACCAAGACGAGGCGACCUCGUCUUUCGGGGACCGAUAUCUCGUUGGAGUCGGGAAGGCCGACAUCACAGGCCCUGUGGUUGAGGUCAACCUGAUGGGCUACGCAGAUCCCAAGCAGGUCGGCACCGGCUUACGGCAACGACUUUACUCGCGGGCGUUCAUUGUCGGGAGCAUCGAUAGGCCCGAGGAUCGAUUUGUCUACUUGGUGCUGGACACGCAGUCGGGGGAUACGGCUAUACGAUACGGCAUCAUCAACGGCCUCAAGAAGCUUGGGCCGUCUUACGCCGUCUACAGCCAUCACAACGUUGCCGUAACGGGUACUCACUCGCAUGCGGGGCCCGCCGGGUGGCUGAACUACUUGCUCCCCCAGAUUACCAGCAAGGGCUUUGACCACCAAGGAUACCGUGCAAUUGUCGACGGUGCCCUGCUCUCGAUUCGCCGUGCGCACGAGAGCCUCCAACCAGGGUACCUGAGCGUUGGCACCACCAAGGUCUACGGCGCCAACAUCAACCGCAGCUUGUUUGCUUAUCUUGCCAACCCAGAGCGGGAGCGCGCUAAGUACAACACGAGUGCCGACGACGAUGGCUCGGUCGAGAAGGACUUGACCCUGCUCAAGUUCCAGCGGGCCUCGGAUGGGAAGAACAUUGGCGUCCUGACCUGGUUCCCGACCCACGGGACCUCGCUGCUGGGCAACAACACUCUGAUCGCGGGCGACAACAAGGGAGUGGCCGCCUAUCUGUUUGAGAGGAGCGCCCGAGGGGACCCUGCGGCAGCCGAAGACUUCGUGGCCGGCUUUUCGCAGGCCAACGUCGGCGACACCAGCCCAAACGUCCUCGGCGCCUGGUGCGAAGACGGCUCCGGGCAAAUGUGCAGCUUCGAGAACAGCACUUGCAGCGAUGGCAAGUCACAAGCUUGCCAUGGCCGGGGCCCCUUCUUCCGGGUCCAAGACAACGGGGCGAGCUCAUGCUUCGAGAUUGGGAAGCGGCAGUUCGAGCCUGCUAAAGCCCUCUACGACAAGCUGCAGCGCGAUCCGACGCCGGUGCGAGGCGGCACCGUCAAGUCAUUCCACACCUUCCACAACAUGUCCGGCUUCUCCUUUGCUCUCCCCAAUGGCUCCGAAGCCCGCACCUGCCCUGCCGCGCUCGGGUACUCGUUCGCAGCCGGAACCUCGGACGGCCCGGGAGCGUUUGACUUUACGCAGCACAAUGGCAAUGAAAACACAACGUCACCGGUUUGGAAAGUCGUCUCGCGCCUCCUGAAAGACGCGACCCCCGCGCAGCGAGCAUGCCAUGCCCCCAAGCCCAUCCUCCUCGAUGUGGGCGAGCUACACAAACCCUACGAUUGGACGCCGAAUGUCGUCGACGUACAGGCCUUCCGCGUCGGGCAGCUCGUCAUCAUCGUCAGCCCGGGCGAGGCGACCACCAUGGCCGGCAGGCGAUGGAAGGACGCGGUCAGAGACGCUUCCGCGAAGCUCUUUGCUGACGAGCCCCGCGGGCAGUCUAGCAGCAGCUCCGCCGCCUCCCCCGUCGUGGUCAUUGGCGGGCCCGCCAACAGCUACACGCACUACAUCACGACCGAGGAGGAGUAUGCCAUCCAGCGGUACGAGGGCGCCUCGACGCUGUACGGCCCGCACACGCUCGCCGCCUACAUCAACGUGACGCUGUCGCUCCUGCACUACCUGGGCGAUGGCGCGCCGGCGCCCCCGUCGCACGAGGAUGUCGGCCUGUUCCCGCCGGACAACUCGGAGCGGUCGUUGUCCUUCAUCUCGCCCGUCGUGGUGGACAGGGCGCCCAUGUUCAAGUCGUUCGGCCAGGUGACGGCGGACGUGGAGCGGGUCUACCGCAGAGGGGACCCGCCGGUGCGCGCCGUGUUUGUGGGCGCUAACCCGAGGAACAACCUGCGUCUCGAGGGGACGUUUGCGGCCGUGGAGAAGUUGAGUCUGCUGAGGGAGGGCAGUCAGUCCGUCUGGGAGAGGGUCAGGGACGAUGGCGACUGGGCGCUGACGUUCCACUGGCGGAGGACGAGCGAGAUCCUCGGGACCAGCGAGGUCGAGAUUGCGUGGGAGCCCGAGGAUUGGGCCGAGCCGGGAGUCUAUCGGCUUAGGUAUUACGGGGACGCGAAGAGCCUGGGAGGAGACACCGAGGCGUUUGAGGGCGUCAGUUCACCGUUCACUCUGUUGUAAGGCGUCUGGAUUAUUGUAGGCGGGGGCGCAUCACUUGUUGGGUACAGGAGAGGGAGGACACGGAUAUCUCGUCGGGCGUUCUGGUCUUUUUCCUUUAUUCGUAUCUGAGGAACGGAUCAAUAGGACGUUGGACGAGGACACAUGAACACAUGGACUAGUGUAAGCAUCUGAGAUUGAGAUGUUUUGAGGAGCAAUUGAACAAAUGGGAUAGUAGCAGCAACCAGCGACUAGUGAAGUACGUACUUUCGAUGAAAAGCAUCGGAUGAACCUACUGUGUAAGCUGACGGACCAGCGCAUGCAUCCGAGCGGGCCUGC